AUGAGGAGCUUAGAAGGGGAGAAGAAAUAUCACCCUUACUUAUUGAGGCGAUUAGAGAAUCAAAGAUUCUUCUUAAGAGUGAAGCCUUCUGAAGUAAGAAUUCAGACAGGCAGUUUUGGAGAAGCAUUGGCUAAAUAUGAAGACAAUUCUGAUGUGAACAAGGAAAAGCUGGCUAAAUGGAAGGUUGCUUUAACCAAAGCUUCCAAUCUAUCUGGAUGGCAUUUAUCUAAAGGAGAUGAAUCUCAACUAAUCCAAAGAAUUGUUGAAGCUGCAUUGAGCAAAGUAAAUCGUGCAGCUCUAAAUGUUGCCAAACAUCCAGUUGGAAUUGAAGACAACUUACGAGAACUGAAACAACUAAUAGAUGUUAAAACUGGAACGAAUGAUGUGAAACUAAUAGGUAUCUGUGGAAUUGGUGGUGUAGGGAAGACCACAAUUGCUAAAGCUUUAUUCAAUGAAUUUGCUGAUGAAUUUGAAGGUUCCAGCUUCCUUGCAGAUGUAAGAGAAAUAUCAAAGCAGCAUCUUGGUUUUGUUCAAGUACAUGAGACGCUUUUGAUUGACAUCUUUGGGGAUAACAAUUUGAAGUUAAAGGUUGGCAACAUUCAUGGAGGCAUCAACAUCAUAAGGGAUAGGCUUUGCCACAAAAGAGCACUUGUAGUUCUCGACGAUGUUGAUCAACUAGAUCAGUUAGAGACAUUAGCUGGAGGGCACGAGUGGUUUGGUUUAGGAAGAAGAAUCAUCAUAACAACUAGAAAUAGACAUCUGCUAGCCACUCAUGGAGCCAAUGGAAUAUAUGAGGUCCGGGGGUUAAAUCAUCAUGAAGCUCUUGAACUUUUCAGUUGGAAUGCUUUUAAAAGCAAUGAACCUGCUGAAGAGUGUCUUAUGCUCUCAAAUUUUGCUAUUCAGUACACUAGUGGCCUUCCAUUAGCUCUUGAAGUAUUGGGUUCCUUCCUUUGUUGUAGGACAAGACAUCAAUGGCAAAGUACCAUACAUAACAUAGGGAAGAAACCAGACAAGAAGUUAUAUGAAAUACUUAGAAUAAGUUAUGAUGCUUACAAGAUAAUAAGUAGUCUAUUUUCUUGGAUAUUGCACGUUUCUUUGUGGGAGAGGACAGAGAUUACGUUAUUAAAGUACUUGGGAGUAUAA